UUGCGCCCGGGCCUCCUGCUCUGCCUAUAAAGUGAGCACAGGUGCUCCUGGGCUCCACCACGCCUACAACUAACUCCAGUGCGUCGUCGUUGCUAGCUUGGUACCUCCGGCCUCACGUCAGCUUGAAAUGGACCCCAACUGCUCCUGCCCCACAGGUGGCUCCUGCACCUGUGCCGGCUCCUGCAAGUGCAAAGAGUGCAGAUGCACCUCCUGCAAGAAGAGCUGCUGCUCCUGCUGCCCCGGGGGCUGUGCCAGGUGUGCCCAGGGCUGCGUCUGCAAAGGGGCAUUGGACAAGUGCAGCUGCUGCGCCUGAUGUCGGGGAGAGCCUGUUCCCGAAGGAAACAGAGCAACACAUACACACACAUACACCUACUAACACAUACAACCCUACUGCUUUAAACAUUUCUUGAUACAACCCUAACCUUUUACAACCUUCCUGUUUCUAUGAAAUCUGUGAAUUUGAAUAAAAGUUGUUGUCUCUA